AUGACUGAUAUCAUCUUUGUCAUCGUCGGGGUUACUGCUGGUACAGGAUUAUUACUUGGUUCAAUACUAACAACUUAUUGUUGUUGUAAACGAUAUUUUCGUAAUCAAUUAACGUCAAGUUCUCAACUAUCUAAACAACAACAGCAACAACAAGAACAAGAACAUCAAGAUUAUCUUCAUUCAGUAAUUAUCAAUCAACAUAUAGCUAGACAUCUUCGACCAAAUUCAACAAUAUCAUUUAUUAGUGAUAAUUAUCAUAAUAAUAUGACACUAAUAGCAUCACCACAGCGUUUAGCUAUGCUUGAACAACAACAACGGCAACAAGAACCAGCAACAUUAGUCAUUGAAAAUCCAUUGAUUUCCCUAUCAACUACUACGGGAGAACAAAAACCAACACUAUUAGAAUCUUUUGUCUAUGAAAAUCCAACACUUGAAUUAGGUGAAUUACCUACAACUGGUGCAAUAUAA